GAUCUCAAGCGAUUGUAUCGCGAGGCGCUAGACAAGAUUGUCGACGCACGGCUGGAGAUAGAAACCAGCACCGAGUCCGGGGAGCCAAUCUUCCUGUCACACUUCAUCGACAACGGUCGAUUCCGGCACUGGGUCUUAUAUGUCCACGACCACAAGUAUGAACUACACGAAAACAACGAGGAUUCCUUGCGGAAACAACCACAAUCGGUCAGGACAGCUUACUCCCCCGAGGUCGGCGACCACUUCUACAGCAUGAUCGGCUGGACCACGCUCUCCAAAGAGGAAGUGGACGAGAGGAGUCGGCAGGUCUGGGCCAACUUUGGCACGUAUACCCUUCUGUUCAACAAUUGCCAUGACUAUCUGCAGCAACUGGCGGACGCGAUCGUGACCACGAGGGCACCGGAUUGGAAUUGGUUUCGAACUAACACUGCAACCCCGUACCGCUACCUGGCAUGGCCAGAACUCAACGAGCAGGUAAUCGCGGCCGCGACAUGGGUCAAACGAUCAGAGACGCAGAAGGAGCAUUUGACCCCGGCUGAGCGACGGAGGCUCGAGGAGUUUGUCGCCAUACUCGAUAGGACAAUUGAAGCCACAAUAAAUUCGUCAUCGCGCUUGAUACUAGCAGACCUUGCCGCCUUUGGUGGAGACCCUAGCAGCGGAGGAGACCCGAGCGGUGGAGGGCACCAUGCCGGUGGAGGGCACCAUGCCGGUGGAGGGCAUCAUGCCGGUGGAGGGCACCAUCACGGCGGAGUGCACCAUGCCGGCGGAGGACACCAUGCCGGCGGAGGACACCAUGCCGGCGGAGGACACCAUGCCGGCGGAGGCGGCGGA